AUGCCAUCCGCGCUCCGCCGUAAGGAACGUGGACGGAUCGCCGUGGAGAGCGUCCACGUGGUGGAGACGGCCAGCCUUGGAAGUGGUAGCACCGGAAGUGGCGGAGGCAAUGGUGUUGGCGAUGCAUCGGGUGGCGGCGACGCGAGCAGCGGAGGCGGCGGAAUACCAUCCGGACUACCCUUCCAAGUGGGAUAUCGAGAAGCUGGCCAAGAAUACACGCUCUAUCUACUCGCCGCUCGCGAACAGGAUCGCGCCGAAUGGAUACGUGCCAUACGCGCUGUGUGCAGUGAGAAUUCGGGCUUGAGCGGGCGUUACCACGCCGGUCUCUGGAGCGGGAAACGUUGGUCUUGCUGCCGAUUAUCGACACGUUCCGCCGAAGGCUGCGACACUUGCAGUUCCUGGUCCGCGAAAUCUGCUACGAACGCCACGAAUCCGUCCUCAACGACUACAUCGGUUUCGACAACAUCGACAUCUGUGCCCGGCAGUACCAUUAACAACACCAUCUCGACGACCACCGUCACAUCUGAUCAUCGUGCACAAUUAACGAACGCUGAGGCGAAUAAUAAUCCGAUCAUCCAAACCCAGGCCCGUUCAACGAUCGGUUCCUUUUCCGAUAGUUCAGUUCAAAACUUGAUGGUGUUACGUAACGACCAUUAUCCGAUUAGCAAUUAUCCCAACUUGGUCAAAGUAAUCGCUUAG